GAGAACGUUUUUACUCCCAAGGAUUUACAUUCGAUUCUACGCCGAGGAUCCAAGGGUUUUUGCCAAGAGGAUGGCAAGUGCUAUCGAACGUAGAAAAAUUGCUGAAUAUUCUAUAAAGUACAACUUUUAUCUGGACUGUAUGCACAUGGAAGGCAUGUUGGCUCUAAACGAAAAGCAGAAGGAUACUAUAGUUCGUUUAAGUACAAACAAAAACAUGCUUAAAUUCCCGGAAUAUAAUAUAUCGGCAUUGAUAAACGAGAUCUCCUUGGAAUAUCAGCGCACAAUGUGCGAUCUUAUGUGGAGACGAAUGAUACAGCGAAAUCCUGAGAUGUUUAAAUUCAUCAGCUGGACGCCUUCGGUGGAAGAAACAAGAGUACCGCGCAAUGGAAAAAUCGAUACCGGCAUGGAAAACUUUACGAAAAUUCAGAAGUUCGUUCAUUGGUUCACAUUGUACGUCCAGGAGGAGGUGUAUCAUGCAAUGAGGUGUAUCGUAGCAGAAUGUAUUCAGCUAUCGUCCAUGAAUCUCUUUGCCAUUAGUUACGGGAAAUUGAUUACGCUGUCAGAAUUUGAAGAGCUGCAGACGCUAGCCACUACCACCGUUGUAAAAUAUCUAAAGGAGCCAUGGUUGGAGAAAAUUGCACAAUCGGUGAGGAUGUGCCUAAGGGACGUAGGAAAAGGUUGGUUCGACCUGAAACAGAGGAUUCCUGGUGUGUACGAUGUAAUGAAAUUAAAACGUUUUAUGGACCUCACUACCCUACGUAUGCAGGAGAUAAUCGUAGCAAUGUACGAUAAUGCACUUAGCUUGUGCCAUCAGAUCAAACAACUGCAUGUUUUUCUGCUUCCGGCGUUAAAAUUCCCACCGGAUCUUUUUCUCAGCUCGGUUGGUCUACUCGAGGAACACGUGUGCCAGAUUCGGGAACGCUUAAAAAUAGCGUAUCGGAAAUCCACGAUACUCCUAAGAGCGUAUGCCGUGGAAUUUCUAUCUUACCUGGAAUUCUACAACCUCAACGUUGCACAAUACAUCGAACAUUUCAAAGAGGAAGAGCAUACAACGGGCGAGAUUAAAGACGAAGUUGUUUUCCACAAGACUAUGAUGAACAACCUGGAUGCCACCUUGCCGAAAACCAUUUCAAUUGGACCCUUCAGCGUGAGCGUGCAACCCCUUAAGGGCUUCCUUAUGGGAAAACGUUUAGACUGUGCUACUGGGUUACUCACUAUGUUCACGGAGAAACUUCGCACGGAAAUUAACGACAUCUUGGACGAAUACACGCAAAUAAGAUUCAAACUGAAAGAAAUACCACAGAGCAUCGAACAUAUAUUCGAAAUUCGCGAUUGGAUGGAAACGAUACCUUUGCGAGUUAUGGAGCUUCAGGAAAGGAUGGAAAUAUUGAAAUUAGAUUUCGAUAUUCUUGAUAGUUUCUGGUGGAAUUUGUCUGACGAUGAUUUCCAAGCUAAGUGGCAAGUUAUUGGUUCACCGCUUCAAAUAGAAAAAGAGAUUGACGAAACGAACGAACGAUUUAUAGAGGAGCAAGACAAAUUCUACAAGAUCCAAGUGCAGGACGAGGUAUUAUUGUUGGAACGAAUCGAUACCCUUGUGGGAAAUGUAUCCAAUAUAGGUCUCCAAACGGAUAUCAAUCGAAUACACGAGACUGCACUGGAUGUGAAACGCGUUUGGAAGGCCAUGACAGAUUGUCGCGAGAUGGGCUUGUUGUUGAACGAACGGCAAAAAUUAUUCGGCAUGAAAGUGGUGCCUUUCGAACAUCUCUACAAACUUAUGAGAGACUUCGAACCGUACAGAUCUUUAUGGGUCACCGCUUCAGAUUGGCUUAGAUGGCACGAAGUGUGGAUGGAUAAUCCUUUGAUGAAUGUGGACGGAAGUCAAAUUGACUCUCUUGUCAUGGAUAUGUAUAGGGCGAUAACCCGAUCCGUCAGAACUUUCCAAGAAUUUCCGAAGGUCCAGGCAAUAGCUACAACGAUAAGGGAUCAAAUAGACGAGUUCAAACCGUAUAUUGGUUUAAUACAAGCUUUACGAGACCCAGGAAUGAAAGACCGGCAUUUCGAAGAGUUGAGUCAAAAGACAGGAAUUCAAAUGGCUUUAACGCCUUCCUUGACGUUCAAGAGUUUGUUGGUUCUCGGUAUCCAAGAGUUUGAGGAACUGGUUAAAACUGUGGCCGACACUGCGGCUAAGGAGUACGCUACUGAACGAACGUUGAAUAAGAUGAUUGUUGAAUGGGAAACAAUCGCUAUGGAGAUACUUCCUUACAAGACCACGGGAACAUACAUAAUAAAGGUUGCUGAAGAAACGUUGAUGCUGUUGGAUAACCAUAUACUCAACGUGCAGCAACUUGCAUUUAGUCCUUUGAAAACGGUCUUCGAGGAUGAAAUUAACGAAUGGGAAAAUAAGCUGAAGUUAACUCAAGAGGUAUUGGUUCUGUGGAUAGAGGUGCAGAGAGAUUGGAUGUAUCUGGAGCCAAUAUUUACCUCGGAAGACAUCACAACACAGUUGCCAGUAGAGGCGAGAAAAUACAAUGCCAUGGAGAGAAAUUGGAGGCGAAUCAUGAAAAGUGCCAAGGAAAACCCUUAUAUUAUCAAAAUAUGUCCUGACGUGAAUCUGUUGGAAAGUCUACAAGAGUGUCAAAGCUUGUUGGAAGUAGUGCAGAAAGGCCUGUCCGAUUACCUGGAAGUAAAAAGGAAAGCCUUCCCGCGAUUUUACUUCCUCAGCGACGAUGAACUGCUAGAAAUUUUGGCGCAAGCUAAAAACGUUCACGCGGUACAGCCUCAUCUGAGAAAGUGUUUCGAGAAUAUACAGCACGUGAAGUUCGAGAGCGAUCUACAGAUCACUAGAAUGUAUUCAGCAGAGGGCGAAGAAGUAGUGUUUCGCCCUCCGAUGUAUCCUGAGAGAAGCGUGGAAUUCUGGCUGAGAGAUAUGGAGAGAGUGAUGCGGAACACCAUAAGAGAAAUCAUCCGUGAUGCGCUUGCGGUGAUCGAUACGACCUCGAGGAAGAAAUGGGUCUACAUGUGGCCGGGGCAAGUUACCCUCUGCGGCGGUCAAACCUACUGGACCGCGCACGUUGAAAAUGGUAUCCGGAAGAAUAAUUUAGCAGGGUAUUACCAGGAACUGUUGGGACAUCUCGACGACCUUCGCGAGUUGGUGCGCGGCCAACAAACGGAUGUUCAAAGGCUGAUGUUAGAAGCUGUAAUAACUAUUGAAGUACACGCGAGGGAUGUUCUAUACAGACUGUUGGAAGAAAAAGUAGAGACUGUGAACGAUUUCAACUGGAUAUCGCAGUUGAGAUAUUAUUGGGUAGAUGACGAAUUGAAAGUGCGAGCCGUAAAUGCUGAGUUCUCUUAUGGAUACGAGUAUCUGGGGAAUACGGGAAGAUUGGUUAUUACGCCGUUGACCGAUCGAUGUUAUCUGACUCUCACCGGAGCUUUACAUCUGAAAUUUGGCGGAGCACCAGCCGGACCUGCAGGAACCGGGAAAACAGAAACGACGAAAGAUCUCGCGAAAGCGUUCGCCAUUCAAUGCGUCGUUUUCAAUUGUUCCGACCAGCUUGAUUUCAUGUCUAUGGGAAAAUUCUUUAAAGGUCUUGCCAGCGCAGGUGCGUGGGCGUGCUUCGACGAGUUCAACAGAAUCGAUAUCGAAGUGCUGUCCGUUAUCGCUCAACAAAUUACAACGAUCCAACAGGCACAGCAGAUGCGCGUCGAAACGUUUGUUUUCGAAGGAGACGAAAUCGAGCUAAAGCCGUCUUGUGCCGUGUUCAUCACUAUGAAUCCAGGUUACGCAGGUCGUACGGAAUUACCGGAUAACUUGAAAGCAUUGUUCCGUCCAGUGGCUAUGAUGGUCCCAGAUUAUUCUUUGAUAGCCGAAAUUUCGCUGUUUUCGUAUGGCUUUAGCGACGCGAAAAUUUUGGCCGGGAAGAUCACGACAACAUUCAAGUUAAGCUCGGAACAAUUAAGUACACAGGAUCAUUACGACUUCGGAAUGCGGGCGGUAAAGACGGUAAUAGCGGUAGCAGGAAAUUUGAAAAGGGAACAGAAGGACUUGAAUGAACAGCAGAUUUGCUUACGUGCACUGAGAGACGUAAACGUUCCGAAAUUUUUGAAGGAUGAUCUGCUAUUGUUUAACGGUAUCGUGUCCGAUCUGUUUCCACGUUUAGAAGAGAAACAAGUGGAUCAUGGAAUUUUGGCAGCAGAGAUUCGAUCGUCGAUCUUGAGGAUGGGUAUGGAAGAAGUAGACGAGUUCGUGAAGAAAGUUAUCCAGUUGUAUGAGACGACUGUAGUGCGACACGGGCUCAUGCUGGUAGGACCAACUGGUUCGGGAAAGACAAAGUGUUACGAAGUACUGCAAGAAGCGUGUACCAGAUUGAGGGGUCAAUUGCAACCCAGCGGUAAACCAUUUACGCGGGUGCUCACCUACGUACUGAAUCCGAAGUCAAUCACGAUGGGUCAAUUGUACGGUGAAUAUGACCUGAACACGCGCGAAUGGACGGAUGGUAUAUUUUCGACGUUGCUCAGAGCCGGAAUAGCAGCAGACGAUCACAAUAAAAGAUGGUACGUAUUCGACGGGCCGGUCGAUGCUUUAUGGAUCGAGAACAUGAACACGGUGUUGGACGAUAAUAAGAAACUUUGUCUGUCAUCUGGUGAAAUAAUGAAAAUUUUGCCUACGAUGACAAUGAUGUUCGAGGUAGCCGACCUGAGGGUGGCUUCGCCAGCUACUGUUUCGAGGUGCGGAAUGGUGUAUUUAGAACCAGAAGGCCUAGGUCUCGAACCCAUCAUCGAUUGCUGGUUGAAAUCCUUGCCUAAGAACAUGAAUGAUCACGUUGAAGAAAUAGCCCGGCUAACAGGGCAUUAUCUACUGCCGAGUUUGGAAGUUUUACGCGCUAGUUUGCAAGAAAUUGUAAGCACCGUCGACUUGGGAAUGGCGAAGUCUUAUAUAAAUCUGAUGAACUUCCGAAUUGGUCCGAUGGCUGGUCGAGACGGGAGACCUCCGCCCAGUGCUCCUUUUCAACAAUUAAUUCCCGACUUGCUUUCACCGUGGGCCGCUUUCGCCACAGUUUGGAGUAUCGGGGCGAGUAGCGAUUACAACAGUCGUCGUAUGUUUAGCGAAUGGAUCAGAGAAGCGCAAAGAAACCACCAACACUCGUUACCGUUUCCCGAGGAUGGUUUGGUAUAUGAUUACAGGCUCCACGAUGGUGGUUUCACCGAUAUAAUCGACACUCCGGAACCGAUACCACCGAGAUGGUACAAAUGGCUGGACGACAUUCCAUCGAUCACUAUUACACCCGAAAUGAAAUUCGCUGAUAUCGAAGUGCCAACAAUGGACAGUGUCAGAAGCGCAACUUUAGUUGGAUAUUUGUUGAUCAACAAUUCGAACUCGCUGUGCGUCGGUCCAACCGGAAGCGGAAAGACUCUCACCGUGAGCGCAAAGUUGACGAGAAACAUGCCGAAAAAAUUUAUCUGCGAUUUCAUCACUUUUUCGGCUAGAACCACCGCCAAUCAGACACAAGACUUGAUCGACGAGAAGCUAACUAAGAGACGCAGGGACGUUUACGGGCCACCGCUGUUGAGGAAGCAAGUUUUUUUUAUCGAUGAUUUGAACAUGCCUGCCCUCGAUACAUACGGCGCUCAACCUCCCAUCGAAUUGAUUCGUCAGUUUAUGGACUUUGAAGGUUGGUACGAUCGGAAGGAGAUUGGGUCGUUCAGACGAAUCGAAGAUGUAAAUUUCGUCGGAGCGAUGGGACCACCUGGUGGCGGCAGAAAUCCGCUCACUGCCAGAUUACUACGACAUUUUCAUUUUAUUGCAUUCCCGGAAAUGGAAGACGAUGCCAAGAGGCACAUCUUCGGUACGAUUUUGAAUUCCUGGUUGUCCAAAACGCCGUUCGGAAACAUGUUGGAGACUUUUUUGGGGACAACGUUGAACGUGUACAGCACGAUUUGCAAGGAAUUAUUACCAACUCCGCACAAGUCGCACUAUACUUUCAAUCUACGCGAUCUCAGCAAGGUGUUUCAAGGGAUGCUGAUGAUGAACCCUGCGAAAAUCGAGAUAUCUGAAACUCUGUUGCGACUGUGGUACCACGAAAAUUUAAGAGUAUUCUGCGAUCGUUUGAUCAACGAUAUUGAUAGAACGUGGUUCGACAACCUUUUAAAAAAAACAUUGGAAGAACACUAUGAAUGCGAUCCCGAAACUGUUGUUGGUAGUACGAUGUUGUUUUAUGGCGACUUUAGUGGAACGAGCAAAGAAUACGAGCAAAUAACCAAUAUUGGAAAGAUAGAAGAAACAUUGAACGAAUUCUUGGAGGAUUACAACUCUACCACAACAUCCCCUAUGAAAUUGGUUCUCUUUCAAGACGCGAUAAAUCACGUGUGCAGGAUCAAUCGAAUCUUGCGACAACCGAGAGGAAACGCUCUUCUCUUAGGAAUGGGUGGUUCAGGAAGACAAAGUUUGACACGGCUAGCGUCGCACAUACAAGACUACACUUGUUUCCAAAUAGAACUCAGCGGCGCGUACACCAACAACGACUGGCGCGAUGACAUCAAACAUGCGAUGAUGAAAGCUGGUGUACAAGGUCACCUAAUGGUGUUCCUCUUUUCGGACACGCAGAUAAAAGACGACUCUAUGUUGGAGGAUUUAAACAGCGUCUUGAAUAACGGCGAUGUACCGAACAUAUACCACGUUGAUGAGAUGGAAAAGAUAUUUCAUUCGAUGCGUGGUCAAGUGCAGGAAGCGGGUCUGCAGAUCAAUAGAAGCAACCUUUUCUCCGCCUAUGUAAAGACCGUUCGCAACAAUCUGCAUGUUGUCAUUACGAUGAGCCCGAUUGGAGAGGUUUUUCGAGCACGUAUCAGGCAAUUUCCAGCAUUGGUAAAUUGUUGUACGAUUGAUUGGUUUUGCCCGUGGCCCGAAGCAGCUUUACAGGUUUGUAAUAAUACUGUGUUGUUGUGUGCGUGUAUAACUUGUUUACAAACAAUUAAAAAUUUGGAAACUUGUGAAUUCAAAAAGUUUGACAAUGUAAAAACUCGAAUUCCAAGAAAUGUCUGCGCAAGUACAAAUGUCGCUCAUUAUUUACAGAGUGUCGCGAUGCGGUUUCUCUCCGACAUCAAAGACGAAUCGAUCAACGAAAGCAUACUAAGAUCCAUCGUGAAAUUAUGCCAAUACAUGCAGUCAAGCGUCAUCGAAGCGAGUGAUCUUUAUCUGAAAGAAUUGAAUCGUCACAAUUACGUUACGCCCACAUCGUAUUUAGAGCUACUUUCUAACUACGGAGGUCUUCUGAGAAAAAAGAAAACCGAGUUGCGAGCAGCGGAACAACGUCUGUCUACAGGUUUGGAAAAGUUGGCGAGCGCGGAGGUGGAAGUAAAAAAGAUGCAAGAAAUGUUGGCUAACAUGAAACCGCAACUGGAAAGAGCAGCUGCAGCCACGGCCAGAAUGAUUGAAAGAAUCACCCACGAUACCAUCGAGGCAGAAAGAACGAGGUCGGAAGCGAAACAGCAAGAAGCUAUAGCGGCAAAACUGAAGGCGGAAAAUCAAAUGAUCAGGGACGAGGCAGAGGCUGAUUUAAGCGAAGCACGUCCCAUGUUGAUUGCCGCUGAAAAGAGCUUAAAGUCUCUGAACAGAAACGACAUUACUGAGGUGAAGGCGAUGAAAAGACCACCGGUCGGCGUACUUCUGGUUAUCGAAGCUAUUUGUAUCAUAAAUAACGUGAAACCAAUCAAGGUUGCAGACCAGGGAAGAUUUGGCGUCUCGGAACCAAAGCUAGAUUACUGGACGCCUGGCAGCCAACUGUUAGCGGAUCCAGGCCACUUUUUGUACACAAUGGAAAAUUACGAUAAAGAAAACCUGACGGAGGAGAUAAUUAAUAAACUGAAGGUUUAUAUCGAAAACCCUGACUUCCACCCGUCAAAGAUCGAGUACGUCUCGAAAGCUUGCUACUCGUUCUGCCUCUGGGUGCACGCGAUGUACAACUACUACUUCGUGAUGGAAAAAGUAAAACCGAAGAUGGAGGCGCUGGCCCAAGCCGAAGAGGCGCUCGCGGAGACGGAAAGAACUUUACUAGCCGCGAUACAAAGGCUGCAAGAAGUGGAACAAGGCAUCGAGAAGUUACGAAAUCUUUUACAAGAAGAGGAAGAAAAAAAGGCAGAACUUGAGAGGCAAAAGCAGCUUUGCGAGGAUAGAAUGGGGAGAGCCGUGAGACUGAUCGACGGUCUGGCUGGUGAACAGAUUCGUUGGAUCGCCACCGUGGCUGAAUUAAAUACCUCUUUGCAUAACGCCGUUGGUGAUAUACUGCUGGCUUCCGGAGCUAUAGCGUAUUUGACACCCUUCACGGACAAGUACCGUGAAACCCUGUUAACGUCUUGGCAAGACUUGUUGAAAGAAGUGCCUCACACGCCAGGCAGCGAUCCUGUAUCGACCCUGGGGGACCAGGUGGAAAUAAGAAGAUGGCAAAUCGAGGGAUUACCCAGAGACAUGCUGUCCGUGGAGAAUGCGGUAUUAGCGAUGCAUUCGCAUCGCUGGCCACUUUUUAUCGACCCUCAGGCUCAGGCGAACAAAUGGAUACGUUCUAUGCACAAGGAAAGCGGUAUAUCCAUAGCGAAAAUGUCGGACAAAGAUAUCCUUCGCGUACUGGAAUCGUGCGUACGAUUCGGAAGAGCAUGCCUCAUAGAGAAUGUCGGUCUCGAGUUAGAAGCGGGAUUAGACCCUAUUCUUCUGCGAUCAUUGUUCGAGCACGGUGGUCAGUGGUGCAUCAAAAUCGGCGAAAACAUCGUUCCUUACCAUCCAGACUUUCGUCUUUUUCUGACUACCAGACUUUCGAAUCCUCAUUACACGCCGGAUAUAACUGUGAAAAUACUACUGGUGAACUUUGCUCUUACUACUACUGGCUUAGAAGAUCAAGUUCUCUCCCUUGUCGUCAUUCAAGAACGUCCUGACCUGGAGCAAUCCAGAAACGCUUUGAUUGUGUCGAACGCUGAAAUGAGAAGGGAACUGAAGGAUAUAGAGGAUAGAAUUCUCUACAGACUAUCGGUGUCGGAAGGCUCUGCUGUCGACGAUAUAGAUCUGAUUCUGACUUUAGAGGCGUCCAAAAUUAAAAGCGAAGAAAUCAAGCUGAAAAUGAAAGAAGCUGAAAUUACUCAAGCGGAUAUCGAGGUAACUCGAUCAAUGUAUAUUCCGGUGGCUGUUCGAGGACAGAUAUUGUUUUUUUGUUUGUCCGAUUUGCAAUAUAUUGAUACCAUGUAUCAAUAUUCUCUCGAAUGGUUCGUCGAAAUUUUCAACAACAGCGUAAUUGCUACAGAGAAGAGCAACGAAAUCGAAGAACGCGUCGAGAAUAUCAAUCGGAAGUUCACCUUCUCGCUGUUCACGAACGUAUGCCGGAGCCUCUUCGAACGACACAAAUUGCACUUUGCAUUCCUCGUUUGCGCCAGAAUACAGAUGCAGGCGAAUUUAAUCGAUCCUACCGAAUGGAGACACUUUCUGGCUGGGCCAGAACCUUAUACAGUGAGAGAAAGUGAAAAGAGAGGAAGCCUGCGGGUAACAUUGCAAAGAUUCUCAGACUGGCUGAACGCGUAUACAAAUAGUGAUCCCAUUUUACAAAUGCCCAAAGUUUCGGUUUACUUCUCGCAGGAGAAACCGAAUCCAUCUCCCGACUGGAUCACGCCGCGUUGCUGGAAAGAAAUUCAAGCCCUCGAAAAUCUGCCGAAGUUCAACGAGUUCGUGAAUUCCUUCGAACAGACGAUGCCCCAAUUUAAAGCAGUCUUCGACGCUCAAGAGGCGCACCUUAUACACCUUCCUGAACCGUGGCACUCGACAUUGGACGACUUUCAAAGAAUGCUGGUGUUAAAAUGUCUUCGUCCCGACAAAGUGACCAACGCCAUGCAGUUUUAUCUUGCCAAGUAUUUGGGUCGAGAAUUCGUCGAACCUCAGACCACCGAACUAUCGGCGAUUUACAACGAGUCCUCGCCUACGACACCGAUCGUUUUCAUCUUGUCUACCGGCACGGAUCCUGCGGCUGAGGUCUACAAGUUCGCGGACAGACUGAAAAUGGCCAACAAAUUACACGCUAUAUCACUUGGACAAGGCCAAGGACCUAGAGCGGAAGCCAUGUUAAGAUUCGCUUCUGAACACGGUUACUGGUGCUUCUUUCAGAAUUGUCAUUUAGCUCCAAGUUGGAUGCCAGAUAUGGAUUCGGUGGUCGAGUCCUUGUCGCGAGCAAAAAACCAUCGCGAUUUUCGUUUAUGGUUAACGUCUGCUCCUUCGCCAGACUUUCCCGUUAGCAUACUUCAAAACAGCAGUAAAAUGACGAUCGAACCGCCGAGAGGUAUAAAGGCAAACAUGUUCCGUGCGUAUCUGACACAGGUGAUCGAAAUGAUCAACUUCAUGCAAUCGGGACAUCCAAAGGUUACUCAAUUCAAGUGGCUCGUGUUCUCCUUGUGUUUAUUUCAUUCGGUUCUCCUCGAACGGAGGAAGUUUGGUCCUUUAGGUUUCAAUAUUCCGUACGAGUUUACCGACGGUGAUUUGACGAUAUGUAUAUCGCAGUUACACAUGUUUCUUCUCGAAUACGAUACCGUACCUUUUAAGGUGCUCACAUACACAGCCGGCCACAUCAACUAUGGCGGUCGAAUAACGGACGACUGGGAUCGUCGAUGUGUUUUAACUAUCCUCGAGGAUUUCUAUCGACCCGACGUUCUCUCGCCGGUUUACGUAUUCGACGAACAAAAACAUUAUUACCAAUUGGUGGAAACAGCGACGUACGAGGAGUACCUUGAGUACAUAAAAACGUUUCCUUUGAACGACGAGCCGUCGAUGUUUGGAAUGCACCCAAACGCGGAUAUAAGCUUCGCGCAAACGGAAACUUACUCCUGCCUUGAAACACUUCUUGCUCUUCAGCCUCGACAGGUCGGAACUGCGGCUGCCAGUGUUGAAGAGGUCACAACCCAAUUAGCCUCGGACAUGCUGUCGGAGAUUCCGCCGACUUUUGAUCUCGCAGAGUUGCAAGCGAGAUAUCCUGUUUCGUAUAACGAGUCAUUCAAUACCGUAUUAUUGCAAGAGGGUAUAAGAUACAAUGGUUUGUUGAAGGUAGUGAAAUCAACGUUGCAGGAUCUGUUGAAGGCUUUAAAGGGUUUAGUUGUAAUGUCUGAACAGUUGGAAACUGUAGCCACUAAUCUAUAUAAUAACAGGAUACCCAAAGUAUGGCAGGAUAAAGGAUAUCCUUCCUUGAAACCUCUUGGUUCAUGGUUCCUAGACUUGAAGGAUCGAAUCGCGUUUCUGAAGUCCUGGGAACUGAACGGUAUACCUGCAGCGUUUUGGAUUUCCGGUUUCUAUUUUCCUCAAGCUUUUCUAACCGGCACUUUGCAGAAUUUCGCGCGGAAAUACGUCGUCUCUAUCGACACCAUCAACUUCAGUUUCAAGGUGUUGGAAGUGAGGCCAACACAGAGGCCAAAAGAUGGUUGCGUUAUUUAUGGUUUAUUUCUCGAGGGAUGUCGAUGGGGAGGAAACUACUUGGAUGAGUCUCUACCAAAGGAACUUUACACUAAUAUGCCUCCAAUCCUCCUGCUGCCCGAGGUAGAUCACAAGGAGCCACCAGGAAUUUAUUCUUGCCCUGUGUAUAAAACAACCAAUCGAGCAGGGACGUUAAGUACAACCGGACACUCGACUAAUUUUGUCCUUGCAAUGGAGAUUCCUAGCCAGAAGCCUCAGGCUCACUGGAUCAAACGAGGGGUGGCCUUAUUCUGUGCUUUAGAUUAUUAAAAAUAUUAUUUUCCAAA